GAAAAUCAGCGGAGCAAAACCACGUGGUCUGUCCUGGCCUCAUUGGCAAUUCAUGGUUCUCUCACGCCCGGGUCUGUCAUUUGUUGUGAGUACGUGUGCCGCCGUUUUCCACUGUUUCUCCCGUCAGAAAACAUGCCUCCCAAGAAGAGAAAGGCAGGAGAGGAGGAGCCGCAGGCCUCGAAGAAGGGAAAGUCGGACGAGAAUGGAGAAGAAGUGUCGGAAGAGGGCGCAGCGGCCGCGGCAGACAAUGGACACGGGGCGGCCGCCGAGACCUCCCAGCCAGCCGCCGCCGACAAACCGCCACUCAAGCUUGAAGGGUCAAAGGUCAGUGGUGAGCUGUUGAUCUGCGGAGGCACCAACUGGGACCUGAUUGGUCGAAAUCAGUUACCAAAGAAUGCAACGGGCAGUGCAAACAGAGGACAGAACCUGUGGGGCCCCCACCGUUACGGCAGUAUGUCAGGUGUCAGGGUGCGCUCCGUCUUCUCAGGCCCCACCGCGGUGCACAGUGUCCUCAUCACUGAGGACGGCAAGGCUAUGAGCUGGGGACGAAACGACAAAGGCCAGUUGGGUCACGGUGACAUGAAGAGGGUAGACGUGCCCACCGUCAUCGAGAGUCUGGCAGGGUUCAACAUCGUGGAAGCAGCGUGUGGAAGGAACCAUACGCUGUGUCUGACAGAUGAUGGAAAGGUGUUUGCCUUUGGUGAAAACAAGAUGGGUCAGCUGGGUUUGGGGAACGAGAACCCUGCAGUGCCCAGUCCUACUCAGAUCGUGUACACAGGUCCACCUGUAGUGAAGGUGGCCUGUGGUGCAGAGUUCAGUAUGGUGGUGGACUGUCGGGGGGCCUUGUACUCCUUCGGAUGUCCAGAAUAUGGGCAGCUGGGUAACAACACAGAUGGCCAAUACUUCGUAACAUCGAACAAGAUGGCGUACGACUGCGAGCUGGUCCCGCGGAGAAUCAGCGUCUUCAUCGAGAAAACGAAGGAUGGCUUCAUCAACCCCAUCACUAAUGUGCAGCUGGUGGACAUCAAAUGUGGCACCAAUCACACCGUUGCGAUGGACAAGCAGAAGAGAGUGUACACUUGGGGUUUUGGUGGAUACGGCAGACUGGGGCACAGUGAACAGAAGGACGAACACGUGCCCAGGCUGGUCAAGAUGUUCGACUACCCGGGGCGCGGUGCCAGGACCAUCUAUGCCGGGGCCUUCUACUCCAUGGCUAUCUUGGACAAUGGCGGUCAGCUGUACCUCUGGGGGCAGACAAAGACGACAGGAGAAGCGAACAUGUACCCCAAACCUAUCCAGGACCUGAGUGGCUGGGACGUGCGCAGUGUGGGCUGUAGUAACCGCAGUAUUGUGGUGGCCGCAGACGAUAGUACCAUCAGCUGGGGACCCAGCCCCACAUACGGAGAGCUGGGCUACGGCGAGAACAAGGCCAAGUCAUCAACCAUUCCUAAAGAGGUGAAGACGCUGGACGGCGUGUACAUCCACCGAGUCUCGUGCGGGUACGGACACACCAUCUUCAUCGCACGCAACGACAGCGAAGAAGACAAGGCCAAGAUCAAGGCACUGCCCGAGUAUAACCCAAAGUGACCUGUCACUUAUACAGUACAUGCUGUUAUGGUUCAGGCCAUGGUUUGGUGAUGCUGGUUAUUACUGGUUAUCCAGUCGUACAGCACACCGUUUACACUGGCCGCUGAACUUGAAUUAUGUUCUUGUUGGAAUCAGAUUAAUUUGCUCCUUCUGAAGUUAUAUUGCUGGGAUAAAGGAUUCUAUAUUUUCCAGCCCAGUUUCUAGCUGAAGGCAAUGCAAGGAGCCUUUAGAAAAAAAAAACACAUCAGUUAAAAACAUAGCUUACAGUUACUUUAGCUGGAGCGUGCAAUCUGGGCAGACUCAAUUCAAGUUUGAGGUUGUUGUUGGUUUCCAUGGAAACUGGUUGCUGGUUGCCAAGGAUAUCUCCAUGGUUACAACAGUCACAAAAAUGAUACUGGAGGCUGGUAACAGGUGGCAAUGGUAUAAGAAAAAGAGGGUACAAUGUAUUAGGUAUGGAAAAGUUGCUUAGGGAGAUAUGAAUUAAGCAUAAUCAAAUAUGGUUUGGCUGGGACAAUCGUUUUUUUUUGGGGGGGGAGCUCUUGAUGUUUAUAGGUAUUGGCUUAUGAUACUUUGUGGCAAUACAAAAACCUUAAAUUAGUGAUAUGGUUUGUCAGUAUUUGGGUUGUGCAGACUGUCCACAACUGUUGGAGAUCUGGAGGCUUGUAUUAGCCAAGAGACUUGUGGUGGUCAGGUAUUUCCAUUG